ACUACUCCGCCAGCAGUCACGGUUGCUCCUGCAGCAACAACUACUCGGCCAGCAGUCACGGUUGUUCCUGCAACGACAGCUACUCCGCCAGCAGUCACGGUUGCUCCUGCAACAACAGCAGGUUUACCGAUAACAACUGUUACUCCAGAAACAACAUCAGUGAUAACUAAUGAUUCAUCAGCAACAACAGCGUCAACAAGUGCUUCACUGGUAACAAUUGCUUCAACACUAACAACAGCACCUGUCACACCAGUGACAACUACUACAGCAACUACAAAUUGCAGCCUCUCCAGACUCUACUGCGACGGGUGUGGAAUAGCACCCAUCAGUAUUGCCAGCACGAGAAUUGUCAAUGGUGCUGCAGCAUCAAUGGGGGAAUACCCGUAUCAAGUAGCAGUGCUGAGCACUGUACAGAAUUCACAGAAUCGGUGUGGUGGUGCAAUUAUAAAGGAGAGAUGGAUUCUCACAGCUGCACAUUGUUUUUACGAUCUUUCUGGCAAUAAAGCUACAGAUGUCGAAGUACGUUACGGUUCGAUAGAUAUCAACGGCGGUACUUCCGUGACUGCAUCGAGAUUCAUCGAUCACCCUCGGUAUAACAGAACCACAAAGGUGAGUGUUAUCGUAAUACUGAAACUUGGACAUUAG